AUGUGCAUCCGAACAGUCUCCCACCAGAAGACCCAGGUUAAAGAAACUGAGCGUGAGUUGACUCCUCUGAUUGCUGGGGAUUGGGAAUACUACACGAAGUGGUUGGAUAGUGGACCUAUUGAGCGCCUCACUCUGAAACCUGAAAGGCCCGAUAGGUUGACUCCAUUGACUGGGCCCAGCAUAUCCGGUCGGGACAUUG